UAUUUUAAACAAAUUACAAAUAUGGCGGCCCAUGCUUUAAGGAUUAGUGACCAGAAUAGGAUUUCAGUGACAGGCUCAACUUGAGAUUUACCAACUUUGAAGUAUAGGAAGAGGAAACUAGCACCUCAAUCUGAAUCGACUGAGGGCUGAUCAUCUGAAACAGAGAUGGAGCAUGUCUAUUGCAAGCAUCAUGACACUCAAUAUUGAUUAGAUACCGAGCAGAAAUGACUUAAGCUGUUUUCAAGGAUUUUUGUGAGGAAUUCACCUAAAAAUCAAGCUCAAGUUAGAAAGAUAUUUGGACCAAGCCAGAAAGAAGCAGUCCAAGUAGCCAGGAUGCUCAAGUGAAGUCUUUGCCAUGAUUUGCUACAGAGACCAAUCCUUCACUGUAUAGAUUGUGGGUCUAAGUUCUGCACAAACUGACAGGAAGAUUUUCUCAUUGAGAGUGGUGAGAAUUGUCUUAAAAAAUGCCCAGGAAAUUUCACUGAUAAUAAGAACCAAGAUCAGGAUUUCCUCUUAGACUGAUUAGAAUUCAAGUGAGAACAGGCUGAUAAAGGAUGAGAAGCUACUUUUUCCUCGCUAAAUGAUCUCUGAAAGCACGAAAUCAUUUGUGAUUAUUCAUACACUUCAUGAGAAUACUGCCAAACUAAAAUUAUGCGAAAGAACCUUCAAUCUCAUUUAGAGAAUUCCUGCUGAAAUGUGUCUAAAUGUGAUCAUUCUCCAGAAUGUUCUUAUAUAGGAACAACUGAACAAGUGGAUGAUCACUUGGAUCAAGAUUGCAUCUAUGAACAGAUCUAUUGAACAAAUUGUUCGACUGUUAUCCUUCGGCGUGACAAGGAUACCCAUUCUUGUGUGAACAACCUUCUCUUGGUUCAAAGCCAAAAAGAGCAACAUUUUGCGGAACAAAAUUCAAAGUUGGCUAAAGUCAUGAAGGAAAAUGAUAAAUUGAGACACUUAUUGGAAACCAUGCAGAAAACUCUUCUUGAGAAGUGACAGUACGAACAGAAGUUGAAACGAGAAAUCAAAGGAAUCCAGAAAGAGUAUCCAAACAUUGUAUCUCCUCGUAGAGCAAAACAAAGAAAAUUUUCUGGUUCAAAGCGCCAGAAAACUGGUGAUGCUGGCUCUAAGAAGCCUAUCAAGCCUUUGGAUGAGCUCCAGCUGUUGCAUGUGUAAGUCCGUUACUUCUGAAUGUUUUUUGCGUGACAAGUAAGGUGCUCUGCACCUUAUCUGGACUUUAUGAAAAGAUUAAUUCAUGAUAAAUCCCACUAAAAUCUGGCGCAGCCU